CCUUUGGCGAUCUGUCUAUUAAUCUGUGCUAGUGCUAUAUAUAUUUGUUAUUCUUUACAGCUGAUGACGCGGCACUUAUAAAAUACAUUUUUGUUUUUAUUUUAUUGUAACAGAGAUAUUUUUCUAAAAUUUUUUGUUUAUUUUGAAAUAAAUAUUUGGACAUUGGAAUAAGAAACAUGUAAUAACUUGUUCGAGACGAUAAGGUUUAUUAUUGUUUUCUGACUUUUAGUGGUUUAAUAGUUUAUAAUAAAUAGUGUUUUAUAUGUGGAAAAUGUGUGUAAUUUCAUUUAAUUAAUUGCUACUACGUACAACGACAUAAAAUUAAAUAAAAAGAAUUCUUAAAACUUAAAAAUCAAGUUCGAAAAAUUAGCUGAUUAGUUGCAUAAUUUUCUGAACCUCCUGGUUCAAAGUCUGAUAAUAUUUUAAUUGUAAAUUAAAGAGGUGCGUUCUAAAAGUAGAAGCAGUUUUAAUGUACUCUUCUGACAUGGCAAAUACUGGUUUAUUAAUUUUGACAAAUCCUGCGAGAGUGAGGAAAUUAUUGCCUGUGAUUAAGAAGCAUGUUUUGAAAACACUGUACAUUCAGUAUCUUCCAGAGAAAAAUAUUUUUACACCAGGAAAUUAUAAUAUCGCGAUAUCGCAACAGAGAGGCCUGCAGUAUUCUAAAAAUAUCACAGACAUAUAUGUAAACACUUCCACAAUUGCCUCUCGACUUGACAUUCGUGUUCUACUUACUAACAUGAAACACCCUGGUAAAUCCAUCAUAAAUACUAAGAAACCAGUGGAAAUAGUGAUCUUCGAUCAAACCUACAGUAAGAAAGAGGCAGAUACAUUCAUACAGGAUUGUUUAGCUAAUGCAUCGAUGGAUUACAGCUUUGUUACUUGUAACGAUCAAGAGCAAAACGAUCAUAAUGAUGCGGAACAUGCUAUACAGAAUGUAAAAACUUACAAAAAUGUAGUGCUGGGUGGCACGUUUGAUCGAUUGCACAAUGGUCAUAAGAUCUUAUUAAGCGAAGCUGCUUUACGUUGUACAGAAAAACUUACUGUUGGUGUAACAGACACUAAUAUGCUUUCUGGCAAAUUAUUGUGGGAACUUAUACAACCGUGUACACAAAGGAUAACUGGAAUUAAAGAAUUUUUAGAAGAUGUAGAUCCAUCAAUAAUGCACAAUGUUGUUCCUAUCAAUGAUAUGUAUGGACCUACUAAAGAAGACCCAACACUUGAGAUGAUAGUUGUGAGUGAGGAAACAAAACGUGGAGGUGACAAAGUCAAUGAAUUACGUUUGCAAAAAAAUUUAAGCAAACUAGAUAUUUAUACAGUAGAAUUAGCAUUGGAUGAAUGCUAUAAUGAUAUUGAAGAAUCAAAAAUUAGUUCUAGUAAUCACAGGAUACGAUUACUUGGCACAAGACUUCAAGCUCCUAGGAUAAAUGAUAAGCCUUUAAAACCAUAUAUUAUUGGUUUAACGGGUGGUAUUGCAAGCGGAAAAUCUUCAGUUGCUGAAAAGUUGGAAAAACUCGGCGCUGGCCUUGUAAAUUGUGAUAAACUGGCUCACGAUCUAUAUUUACCUGGAAAAGAUUGUUUUCGUGCAAUACUUGAUCAUUUUGGUUCUUCCAUUCUCAAUUCAGAUGGAUUUAUAAAUAGAAAAAAACUUGGUGACAUAGUUUUUAAUAAUAAGGAACAACUGGAAAACUUAAAUAAAUUAAUCUGGCCUUUAAUUCUGCAAGAAGCUAAAAAACAAAUAGAUAUUCUUUAUUCAAAGGGUUAUAAUAUCAUUGUAAUGGAAGCAGCUGUUUUAAUUCAAGCUAAAUGGCAGAAUGUAUGCCAUGAAAUUUGGACUUGUAUCAUUCCACAAAAUGAAGCUAUCAAACGAAUAAUGAAUAGAAAUGAAUUAUCUGAGGAAGCAGCAAAGUCAAGAAUUGAAAUACAACCGAGUAAUACAGAGCAAGUUAAAGAAGCUAAUGUUGUCAUAUGUACUUUAUGGUCUCAUGAAAUUACACUAGAACAAGUAGAAAAAGCUUGGAAAGAAUUAACAGCAGCUUUAGCCAAAGAAAUAAAAUAAAUCUUAAUAAAUUUUCUUAUAA